AUGUCUCCUCCGAAACCAACGAAUGUCAUGGCAAUUGACCCGCAUGGCCUCUUUGACAGUCGGCCAAAUUUCUCCCAUGUGGCCAGCUCGGCGGCGGGCAGCCGAGUGGUCAUGACCGCUGGCCAGGUCGGCGCGGAUGACAAGGGCGUGGCUCCUAGGGACACCGUGGAACAGAUUCAGCUGGCUUUCUACAACCUCAGAAGAUGCCUCGAGUCAUUUGGCGCAUCCGUCACCGACAUCGUCAAGCUUGUGUUUUACAUCGUCGACUACGAUCACACCAGGAGACAACACACAACGCCUCUCCAAAGUUUCCUCCAAGGACACCGGCCCGCGACAACGUUGGUCCCCGUGCCGAAGCUGGCCAAACCGGAAUUCAAGUUUGAAGUUGAAGCCUACGUUUCAUUGCCGCAGCAACCAUUGCAAGAGGUGGAUGUCGUCGUUGUCGGAGCUGGUCUCAGUGGCCUCAAGGCGGCGUACGACAUCCAACAGUCGGGGCACACGUGUGCAGUAGUCGAGGCUCGUGACAGGGUUGGGGGCAAGACAUGGUCAAGCGACCGCACCGAUGCUGGCAAGUUUGUUGACCUCGGCGCGGCGUGGAUCAAUGACACAAACCAGUCCGAGAUCUUCCGGCUUGUCCAAACCCUCGGGUUGGAGACGGUGGAGCAGAAUACCACUGGGAGCGUGAUUCAGGAGGAUACCGAUGGCACCAUUUCACAGUUCCAGUACGGCGGACUACCGCAGAGACUUGUGGAGGCCAAUGGCGUCGCAAACGUGACAAUGCUGCGCGACAGAGCCGAAGAAGUUUGCCAAACUCUUGACAUUCGGUCUCCAGCCCAGGCGGGUAGCCAUCUAGACAACCUGACUUUUGAGGAUUGGGUCAGAUCGGUGACAGGCUCCAGCGAGUCGGCCAUGGCAUCGGCUAGAAUUUGGACCAGAGUGAUGCUUGGUCUGGAGCCACAUGAGAUGAGCGCCCUCUUCUUCCUCAAUUACUGCAAAAGCGGUGGUGGAUUGAUCCAGACGCGGUCGGAUCAGAAGGAGGGCGGCCAAUACCUCCGCCUGGUGAAAGGCACCCAAAGCAUAUCCAUUGGCCUAGCAAGUCUGCUGCAGCCGGGUACAAUAACUCUCAACUCACCGGUGCGCUCUAUUGAACAGACGCAGUCAGCCGUGCAUGUCACGUCCACAAGACGGCAAUACAUCUGCAAACGCGUGGUUGUCUCGGUUCCCACGCCAUUGUACAAAGAGAUCACCUUUACUCCUCAACUACCGGCCGAUAAAGUCGAACUGAGUCAACGCAAUAAACUCGGCUACAACAACAAAGUCAUCGUGCGCUAUUCGAGUCCCUGGUGGCGAAACUACGGCCUUUCCGGUAUGCUGCAGUCCUUUGCGGGCCCAGUCUGCGUGACCCGGGACACGAGCAUUGAGAGGCUCGGGCAAUUCUCGCUGUCAUGCUUCUGCGUGGGCGACUGGGGUCGCCAGCUGUCAAAGCUUUCGCAGGAGAAGCGGUUCGAGACGGUUAUCACACACAUCGAGAAGACGCUCGGAUCCGUGUCCGCUGGCAAGGUACCGCUGCCCGUGGGCAUUGAGGAGCAUGAGUGGCAAUUGGACCAGUGGGCGCAAGGAUGCCCUUGCCCGGCGUCGUCGCCGGGGGCCACGGUCCGGCUCGAAAGGGCCCUCAGGUCCACGCACGGCAAGGUACACUUUGUGGGCACAGAGACGGCGUACGAGUGGAAGGGAUACAUGGAUGGGGCCGUGCGGUCUGGUGCGAGAGGCGCCGACGAAGUUGUCACCGCUCUCAACGCGGCCAAACUCUGA